GCCAGCUCCAAUUCACUUGCGAUUCACAAGUGCAUCUCAUCCCAAUCAUGUUGAAGACCGCCUCGCAAUUGACAUUUGUUCGCGCAUCAGCUGCAAGGACUUUCAGUUCUUGCACAUUCAGUCGCGCUGCGAAACCCGGUACCUCCGAGGUUUCAUCCAUCUUGGAGGAUCGCAUUUUGGGAGCCAGCUCUCAGAUUGACGUUCAGGAAACUGGACGCGUUCUAUCCAUUGGAGAUGGUAUUGCACGUGUUUACGGCUUGAAGAAUGUGCAGGCUGAAGAGAUGGUGGAAUUCUCUUCUGGAUUAAAGGGACAAGCACUCAACUUGGAACCGGACAACGUUGGUGUCGUCGUUUUUGGAAACGAUCGUCUCAUCAAGGAAGGUGAUAUUGUGAAGCGUACGGGUGCUAUCGUUGACGUUCCCGUGGGCCUUGGGCUACUUGGGCGUGUUGUUGAUGCCCUUGGAAAUCCCAUCGACGGAAAGGGACCUCUGACGGAUGUGAAGCGCCAACGUGUCCAGGUCAAAGCUCCCGGUAUUAUUCCCCGUCAAUCUGUGAAAGAACCCAUGCAGACGGGCAUCAAAUGUAUCGACUCCAUGGUACCAAUUGGGCGUGGUCAGCGAGAGCUCAUCAUUGGAGAUCGUCAGACCGGCAAAACCGCCGUUGCCUUGGACACAAUCCUCAACCAGAAACGCUGGAAUAGCGGUAGUGAUGAAACAAAGAAGCUGUAUUGCGUCUACGUGGCGGUGGGCCAGAAACGCUCUACUGUUGCUCAGUUUGUACAAACGCUUGAGGAGAACGAUGCGUUGAAGUACUCGAUUGUUGUGGCUGCGACAGCAUCUGAUGCGGCGCCAUUACAAUUUUUGGCCCCUUACUCCGGUGCCGCGAUGGGAGAAUAUUUCCGGGAUAACGGCAAGCAUUCGCUUAUCAUAUAUGAUGACCUUUCGAAGCAAGCUGUGGCCUAUCGCCAGAUGUCUCUCUUACUCCGCCGUCCUCCGGGUCGUGAGGCUUACCCCGGUGAUGUUUUCUAUUUGCACUCUCGUCUUUUGGAACGUGCGGCGAAAAUGAACAAGACGUUUGGCGGUGGUUCGAUGACAGCCCUUCCGGUCAUUGAAACUCAAGGUGGUGAUGUGUCAGCAUAUAUCCCCACCAAUGUCAUUUCAAUCACCGAUGGUCAGAUCUUCUUGGAAGCGGAACUUUUUUUCAAAGGUGUUCGUCCUGCCAUUAACGUCGGUUUGUCCGUCUCCCGCGUCGGGUCCGCUGCCCAAGUGAAGGCUAUGAAACAAGUUGCGGGUUCUUUGAAGCUUUUCCUCGCACAAUACCGUGAAGUGGCUGCCUUUGCCCAGUUCGGAUCCGACCUUGACGCGUCAACUCAGUUCUUACUCAACCGUGGUGCUCGGCUUACGGAGCUUUUGAAGCAAAAACAGUAUAGCCCUCUUUCCGUUGAGCACAUGGUGGUCAUCAUUUACGCCGGUGUAAAUGGGUUCCUGGACAAGAUCCCCGUAAACAAAGUCACGCAGUUCGAAGCUGCAGUUAUCCCGUACGUGCAAGCCAAUGCCCCUGAAAUCUUCGAGGCUAUUAAGAAGGAGAACGCUAUUAGUCCUGAGACGGACAAAAAGAUCAAAGAAGUGUUGGGAUCUUUCGCCAAGGAUUUCGCGUGAUAUGCUUCCUCUGUGGGCAUCCCUUUAUAGAUGUCCAUGAUACAUAUUUACCCGGAACAUAUCAUUUUGUUGAGAAGGUUUGGAUCUCGGCAGAAUAUACCUGCAUAUGCGUUCGAGAUCGGCUGCACCAAAGCGACCUCUUUCCUGUAGACUUUCAAUUAUAUGCAUUUUCUACCAGAAAAGUGUGCAGUUUCCAGCGCACAAGUCAAAACUACAGAGUCAUUGUAAUACUGCAGUGAAUGCCCUGCAAAGAGUACCACUUGGAACAAUUAUUGCAACUGCAGGC